AUGUUUUGCAGGCCAGGCCGAUCAAUUUGUCUCGUACACUCGGAAGUGUCGUCCAUUCAAAUAUAAGCCUCCCUUCGUGAAUAAACACAAACACCCAUCACAGUUUGCUCAUAUAUUAUUAUUUCUUCACACUUCACCAAUAGGCAGGCAACACUAAUAUUUCUUCCUUUUCUCAGUCAUGGCGCAACAGGACCACCAACAAGCUCCCGUGGUAUAUCCUCCACCAGGCCAAGUUUAUCCACCAGCACCACCGUCACCACCGCAAUCAGUUGAAGGCCCAUAUGUGAGUGCACCACCACCUAUUGGCUAUCCCACAAAGGAUGACGGUGGCUACCCUCAACACCAACCAAUUGAAAAUAGAAGCAGGGGUGAUGAUGACUUCUUGAAAGGAUGGUUUGAAACUAAAGAUUCUUGCAAGACAUAUAACUAUCGUUCAAUUGGCUUACAGUUUAGCUGCCCUGUGUUGCUGUUGUGUACUGGACGUGUGCUGCUGCUGAGACAAAGCAAACCAGGUUAAUUGUCCUGAAGAAUCAUUGAAUUGGUCUUGUAAUAAUUCUACAUUUUCACUAUCAUGGACAAUCCCUUUUUCAGAUUGCCUUUUGUAGUUAAGAACAAUUUUAUGUGUUAUUAUCGUAUUAAUUAAUAAUAAUAAUAUUAUUAUUAUUAAGUUAAA